AUGGCUGCAAAGUCAGAUUUAACUAAAAAAGAGGAACAGCUGUGCUUUUUUUACGGGGAUAAAUUUUCCUUUACAGAAAUAUGUUCCUCAAAACGAAAUUUGCACACAUUGAUCGUGAUUGGACAACCAAGCAUCGGUUCCUUAGACGGUAUUUCAGAAUUGAUUAACCUGCGCGAAUUAUGGGUUGUAGAAUGUGAAAUAAAGGAGACAGACAGCUUAGAGGGAUGUAAAAAUCUGGAAAAACUCUACUUGUAUUCAAAUCAGAUUGAGAACAUUCCCAACAUACUUAAUUGUGAACGUCUCACUGUUUUAAAUUUAGCUGGAAACUGUAUUAACCAACUUAGGAAUUUUCGAGGCAUGGUGCGUUUGGAAGAACUCAAUUUGGCAAAUAACAAUCUCAAAAGACUUAUGGAUGUUUUUCCAAGAAGUAAAAAUUUGCGUAGUGUCAACUUUGCUGGAAAUCCUCUUUUUGUUAUGAAAGACAUAAAAUUACUACUGGGUCAGAAAAAUGUGGAAUUUGUUAUUUUUGCUGAUCCGUUAUAUGGAGAAUGUCCUUUGGUUCGUCUAUGUUAUUAUCGAUAUCACGUAAUUAAUUGUCUUCCUGAUAUUAAAGAACUGGAUCAUUACGAUGUAUCUGACGAGGAAAGACAUCUUGCAAAUAAUUUUUUUAGGGAGAAAAAGAUGCUCUACAACGUCUUGUGGCACAUGGCCUUGAAUGAUCACUGGACAACACAGGGAGAUAAAUAUCAGGAAUAUUAUAAAGAAGUCUCGAUUGUUAAAAGCAAACUCGAAAUCGAGAAAUUGUUUGACAUCAAAUUUGAGGAACAGAAUUUUAAAGAAAUAUCAGAAGCCUUCUUAAACUUAGGGGCUCAGUACGAAGAUAUUAAAGAUUGGGAAAAGAAGAAUCUUGAGAAGCUGGAAGUCUUUCAGCACCAACUACAAUUAAAGUUUGAAUACUCUGGUAAUGUGGAUUUCAUUGAAUGCAAAGAUAAAGUCUUCCAGACCUUCCACGCAUUGUUGGAAGAUUCAUUAUGUCAGUCUAUCAAAAAUUUAGGUAUUGAAGGUUUAACACUCUUAAGAGUGACAAAAUUUAAAAAUAGUGGUAUCAAAGCUUUCCAGUCAUUAAACGGUCCAAUAGAAGAUUCCUCAUCAGAUACAGUUUUUCUGUUUCUUGUAUCUCCGAGUGGAGAUCUCACAAUCAAAAAAUGGCCUUUUGAAGUUUGUGAAAAUCACUUUCUUGAUGAAGAAGAAAUUUGGCUUUCUGAUUGUUUGUCAGGUGCAGACGCAAACUUAAGAGAUUCUUCAUCAGAAAAUUGUUUUCUGAAGAAAUAUGAAAAAAGUCUCGAGACUCGAGUUUGUGUCCUUGUUGAAUGUCCUAAUUCUUUAUUAGAAAGAUGUGCCAAUACUGGAAAGUUCAAGAACGUGCAUCUAAAAAAUAGUAAAAAUUGUCGAGAAUUUUGUAUCCAGGAUGUUGAGAAAGUGAAACCAAUUUUCGUUAUAGAAUACAACUAUAAAUUUAAGAAACGAACUACAAAAAAUGAUACUGAAAUACAAUUUCCCUUAAAUAUAGUGAAUCGUGAUUCAAAUAAUGCUAUUAAUUUUCAAUUCACGACAAAUGAGGAGCUGCAUAAUUUGACAAUUUUAAAUUUAUCUCACCAGGGAUUAACGAAAAUUAAAUUAAAAUUUGCAUCACUUCCUAAUUUGAGAGAACUAAACCUUUCUUGCAACUAUUUAACAAAAUUCCCCGAUGCAAAUUUUUUGAAACAUUUACGAGUAUUGAACAUCAGUUUCAAUCAGAUAAAGUUUUUGACUAUUGAAGAAAAACUGUUUCAACUGGAGAAACUUGACAUUUCAUGGAAUAAUAUAACUGAAUAUGUAUCCUGCAUUCAAACUUUUGAAAAAUUUGCUCUCAACAUAAAGGAAUUAAAUACAGAAUAUAAUCCUUUCCGAGACAUUUUUGAGUCUGUAGCAAGAGCAACAGUGGCUCGAAUUUAUUUGCCUGGUUUGAAAUUUUUCGAUGGGCUUAAAAUUGAUGACAAAAUUGCAAAUGUGUUAAGGUCUACUAAAUCUUGCAAUAAAAGUAUAAAUGUAUUUGAUAAAGUAAUUAAAGGUUCGUCAGCUAUUUAUAAAAUUAAUAGAAGUUUAAGGACUUUUAAAUCUGAGAAAAAUUCACUGCGAAUCAAGAGACUCAAUCUUUCGGAAAAUUUGAUUAGAGAUAUGGAUUUUACUGUUGAAUUUCCGGCUUUGCAAGAGUUAUUUAUUUCGAAUAAUAUUUUGAGUCAAGUUUCAAUAAAGCCUUUGAGAAAUUUAGUAAAACUGAACCUAAGCAGUAAUUUUAUUAAGAAUACUCAUGGACUGAAAAAAGAAAAUCUGCCUGUUUUGAGGUAUCUCGAUUUGAGUAAUAAUUUCGUAUCGUCGCUAUUAGCGAUGGGAAACCAUGAAAGUCUCAAAGAAUUGUAUUGUUAUCAAAAUCAAAUUACUGAAUUGUCAGAAAUAUUCAAUUUGAGAAGGUGGAAUGAAUUAAGAGUUGUGGAUUUUUCUAAUAAUGCAGUUGUGGAUUCAUUGUUUAGGACCUUCUUGAUAUGCCAUCUGUCAAAUAUUAAGUACGUUAAUGGACAACUAGUAGAACAAUCAGAUAUCCUAGAAGCAAAAAAUGAAUUUAGUGGAUCAUUGAACAAAAUGACUUUAAUGAUUUCGAACUCUUUAAAUCAUCUUCAAAAUAUUAAAGAACUCAGUAUCGUAAACUGCUCCAUCAAAAAGGUAAAUUUGCCUGUGGACUGUUUGCCGAAUUUGGAAAGUCUCGAUCUUACAAAAAAUCAAAUAUCAGAUUUAUGGGGAUUGCAUUUGCUACCAAAAUUGAAAACGCUUUGCUUAAGUUACAAUAGAGUAGAACUUUUCAAUCAGACAGGUUACGAAAAAAAUAUUAUCGAUAUAUUUCCUAAUUUAAUCACAUUAUAUUUGGAUCACAAUCAAAUUCGUUCAUUACAAAGUUUAGAAUUAGGAAAAUAUCUCAAAUUGAAACACCUGUUUCUUCAAUAUAAUCAUCUUCAAGACAUUGAUGGACUUCAAGACUCUGCAAAUUUAGAAACACUGGUUCUUGACUACAACGAGAUUAGAACAAUUACGGUGGAGAAUUUCAAUCACAAUAAUAAUCUUAAAAUCUUAUUACUCGAAAAUAACAGGAUAAAGUAUCUUAGCUUUGCUAAAAAUUUGCAUAAAAUACAAACGCUAUUACUUGCAAAUAACAAAAUUGCGGAUCAAAAUCAUCUAAAAGAAUUAUCCUUGUUGUGUAAUUUAAGAGAAAUUUCACUGCUUGGAAAUCCACUUUGCAAGAAAACAAGAAAUCAUUACAAGUUUGUUCUACAGUUUCUAGAAAAUUUAUCAGUAGUGGAUGGACUCGAAAUAUCACAGGACAAACGCUAA